AUGCUGCUCCCUCGAUUACAACCGCCCUUACGAGCUGCCAUCUGCUCAAUUGGCCGGUCCUCCCAGCAGCCAUGCAUCAAUGAAGCAUUUGCCGCGCUCAACAUCCGGGCAGCGUCCCCGACUUUAACGUUCGUCAGACAUGCGUCGCACGCGCAGCAGGGAGCUGUGAAUAAGGCAAAGGAUGGGCCGGGAAAGAGAUUGGGUGCUAAGAAAUCUGGAGAGCAGUAUGUGAUCCCAGGAAAUAUCAUCUUCCGCCAACGAGGCACGCUUUGGUUUCCCGGCGAGAACUGCGGCAUGGGCCGCGAUCACACGAUCUAUGCCACCGAAUCUGGCUAUGUCAAGUACUACAAAGAUCCCGAGAAACAUCCCAAGCGGCAGUACAUAGGCGUGGUCUUCGAGCGUGAUCAAGUUCUUCCCCUACCGAGAAAUAGCGUCAGGAGGAGGAAGUUGAAUAUGCUUGCUACGCAGAUGGAAGUCCCGCCCACGAUUGAGGAGAUCGAGGUCAAGUCAGAUUUAGUGCUGAAACCGAAGAAGGAGCGGAAGGUGUUGCAACUCAGGCCUGGAUAUAUGUACCGUGAGGCGAAUUGGGAGAUUGGGCGCGCGGCGGAGAGGGCGAAGGUUAAGGUCAAGGAGUUUAAACCGAGGGAUCGAUGGACGGCUUGGAGAAAGGCUUGGGCGAGGAAAUUGGUGAAUAAGGACAAGAGAAUCGUUGGGCAGAGGAAGAAGAAGUAG